AUGAAUGUCGAUCAGCAGGACGACGACACGAGCUGGGAGUUGCUGGCGGUGACAUGCAUGUGCUUUUACAAUCAGAAGCGAUUUUCGUGCGGGGACUGGAGCUGGACUAGCUUCGCCCACCGGUGCAAUUACGAGUAUCGCACCGGCGAAACGUGCGGCAUGAAACUCGUCAACAUGACCGAAAACGAGAACAGCAAGUGCCGCCUCUGCGAAAAGAUUGAUACCAAGUUCCGCCGGCGAAGCGCCGAGGUCGAGCGCCUUGAACGGUGGAAACGUGAGGGGGCCACUUUGGUAGCCUCGAUGGACCGGUCCCAGAAACUCAUCAUGGAUCUGGACAAGGAAAUCUACACCUUGCAGCGAGAGCGCGAGGAUCGACGCAACACCCUUGUGCGAUAA